AUGGCUGAAUCCGAAUACCAACAUCCAAACAAUCUUCCAACAAUUCGGUUCGGAAUCAUCGGAUGCGCCGCCAUUGCUCGAAAACUGGCGCGAGCCAUUAGCCUGGCCCCCAACGCGACUCUCUACGCCGUCGGCAGCCGCUCCCUCGCGAAGGCCGAGGGGUUCGCCGCCCUCGUCGGCCUCUCCGGAGCGGUCAAGACCUACGGGAGCUACGAUCAGGUGCUCGACGACCCAUGCGUCGACGCCGUGUACCUUCCCCUGCCCACCAGCCUCCACGUCCACUGGGCUGUCGUGGCCGCAAGUAAGAAGAAGCACUUGCUGCUGGAGAAACCGACGGCUCUUGAUGCGGCGGAGCUCGAUCAGAUACUCGAAGCGUGCCGAUUCAACGGCGUGCAGUUCAUGGACGGAAGCAUGUGGCUGCACCAUCCCAGGACCUGCAAGAUGAAGGAGUUGCUCUCUGAUCAACGGGUGUUUGGCCAAAUUAAUUACGUCUACAGCACGUCCACAAUGACAGAGAACCCAGAAUUUCUCCAAAACAACAUAAGAGUGAAGCCUGACUUGGACGCCUUGGGAGCACUUGGGGACACAGGCUGGUACUGCAUUGGGGCCAUUUUAUGGGCCAAUGACUACAAACUACCCUCCACAGUCCAAGCUCUUCCGGACACCACAAAAAACGCAGCAGGCGUGAUCCUGUCCUGCACAGCGUCGUUUCAGUGGAGCAUUUCGUCAAACACCGCCACAAUUCACUGCUCUUUCCUAUCCCACACGUCCAUGGACCUGGCCAUUUCCGGCUCCAACGCCUCCAUUCGCGCCAACGAUUUCAUAAUCCCUCAUAAAGAAGACUCUGCUUUGUUUGAGUUCAGCUGUGGGGCUAAGUUUGCGGAGCUUCAUAUUGGGUGGAAUAUGGAUCCAAAGGAAGUGAGAGUGGAGUGUGACAUGCCACAAGAGGCUUUGAUGGUUCAAGAGCUUGCUAGGCUUGCUCAAGGCAUUAAAAGAUAUGGGCAUCAACCAGAUGGGAAAUGGCCUGAGAUUAGUAGAAAGACACAGUUGGUGUUGGAUGCUGUCAGAAGAUCUAUUGAUCUUGGGUUCAAGCCUAUCCAGUUGUAAUAUGUGAAACUUUUCUUCUUUUUUUUUUUCUUUUUUUUUUUUUG